GAAUUAGGGAAACACUGUUAAAAAUGGUACGUUAAAUCAUAUUCUGUUGUGUAUUGGAAAUCUCUAAUAUUUUUAUCCCUAAAGCCACAACAGAUUUCACUUAAAAUCAGUAAAUUUUGAACCAAAAUGCCGUGCGGUCGUCGGCAAUCUUACAACGUAAAUCCAAGCAACAAAAAAGACAAUUCUUUUAAGCUAUUUAUUACGUUUUUAUUGGCAGUACUUUUGGUUUAUCUUGUGAUUUAUGCUUUGAUUGUAAUUUUAACUAAGCAAAGAAAUUACGGAAAGGAAAAUGAAAAACCAAUUAUUAAAAGUUCUGCAACAAUUUUCUCAUUGCUUUAUCAAAAAGACAAUUUGAAUAUCUCAGAAGAAUCUACAGAAGCAAGCAAUGAUAAAGAGCAACUUUACACAACAACAACUGGAAAUAAUGAAGACUCCACUGAAGAACCAAUAGAAUUAGAAUCAGCAACUACAGAAAAUGAAAUUUCUACAUUAUCUACAAAUAAACAAACAUCUACAGCUGAAGAAAAUCCAAUAUUGAUUGCUAUUGAAUCUACUUAUUUGGCAGCUACUAAGCUACUGACAUCUACAACAGACAAAGCAAUAACUGAAGAAAUAUGCCAACGUCCUGAUUGUAAAAAGAUGGCAAUUGAUUUAUUGAAGAAUAUCAAUUUUUCCAUUGAUCCGUGUGAGGAUUUUUAUCAGUUUUCUUGCGGCAAUGAAGCCAAAUCAUCCAAUUCUGAGGAUUUUGAUGUUUUGUUUGAAGAAAUUGAAAACCCAAAAGACGAUGGUGUGAGGAGUUUUGGAAGAUUUUUCAACAGUUGUUUGGAUUAUACGAAACAGUUUGAUACAAUUAAACAAAUUUUGAGCAUAAAUGUCCGUUCGAGCAAUAUGACCACAUUGCUUGGCUUUUUGUUGCUCCGCCAAUCGACUCCUCUAUUUGAAAUAGUCGAGGGAAGUAAUGGUGAAAUACAGAUCCUUCCACCAAACUCCUACGACACAGACAUUUUGGAAAACUGGUCAUUGAAAACUCACAUAGACAAACAUUGUUUAACUUCCCGGAAUUUAGAUGAUUAUAAACAAUGUCAAAGCAAAACAUUGAACAAAAUGUUGAAAAACUUACAUUCGUUUAAAAACAAUGAGAAGCCAAUGGGAGAUGAUUUUGUACUAAAUAUUAUAAAGCAACAAAUCCCCACUAUCAAUAUCCAAGAAGCUCUCUUCAAAAAAUCUUGCCAACAAGUCGAUAUACCACAACUCAAUAAAAACUAUCCCAUUAUUGACUGGCAAAUACUUUUAAGUACAAUCUCUGAAACUCAAAACUCAAUUUGCAUUUACUUUAAAAGCGACUAUUUCGACCCAAUAAUGUCAGAUUUGAAGUCCAAAAACGAAUCCGAAGUCCUCAACUCCAUAAAAGACUAUUUCCAGUUGCAACUUUACCAAAACUUAAUUUUCCAACGAAAUAGUGAAUUUUGCAUGAAUCAAGCAGUUGCAUUGAUGCCUGAAAUUGCUGAAAAAAUAUUUCAGAAAUAUGUUUUCAAUAAUGAACGAUUUGAAAAGAUGUUUGAAGAAGUUAAAGCUAAAUUCAAUUGGUUGAUUGAAGUAUCAAAACUCAAAGAAGAUGACAAAAGUUUGCUACAAAAUAAGCUUAAGCUUUUGAAAAUUGAGUAUAACACAAAGAAAUUUGCACCAGAGGAUUAUCAUGAUGCAAAUGAUGAUUAUUUGACAAAAUUAUUUAUGCUACUUGAAGUUAAAAGAAUGAUUCACAAGGAGAAAAAGACAAUUUUAUUUAAAAAAAUUGAUCUAGUUAAUGACACAAUAAUUGCUUCAUUUACAAAACAACUACCAGGCCAGAUUUUCAUAUAAAAUUCCACAUAAGCAGGGCGAUUGCAAAAUAUUUCCAUCAACAAAAUAUAAAUAACAGCUUAUACCAAGAGUUUCAGAAAAGUCUGAAUACAAAUCUGGAAAACAAAUUAGAUGGCGGAUUAUUGAAAGAAAAUUGGUCUAAAUUAGUUCCGGCUUCAACAUUGGAGAGGACUGUAGAUAAUUUGGCUUUGCAAGUAGCUUUUGAAAGUUAUUUUGCUGGAAAUGUUAAUACGAGGAAACUGCCAUGGAUAUCUGAGGUUUAUACGGAUCAGCAACAGUUUUUUUUGGGGAUUGGACAAGAUAUUUGCGAAUCUUCUUUGCCCCAACCACAAAUCAUAGAAGAAACCAAAAAUCUACCGCCAAAAUUCCGCCUCGAUGCCAUGCUAACAAAUUCCCAAAAUUUCGCAAAAUCUUUCAGCUGUCCUGAGGGAAGCACCAUGAAUCCUGCAGACGAGAAAAUCGAAUUCGAUCAGUUCGAAUUCGAAGAGGAAUACGAUUUUAUUGAAUAAAUAUUAUGCAUUUAUUAUAUACUUAAAUAAAACAAAAAUAGUUGGUAAUUCAAGGCAUUUUAUUUGAAUCAUCCCAGUCCUCCACCAGCUAAAGAAGCUAACACAUUGCUACCGAUUCUAUUAGCAAUAUCUGCAGAUAAAUCGUCUACAUCUGAAAGUACUAGUGAAGUUUUUGUAGACAAAGGAAUUCGGGUUUGUGUAGCUCUAUAUCCAUUAUCGUCAGCUAUAUAGCUAACAUUGUAAGCUACAUUUCCGAUUUUAUAGAAAUAAUAGCCUCUAACAACCCAAACUUGUCCAGAUUCUUUUUGAACAAAUUCUCCUGAUUCUUCUCUUUCAGAAUCAAAGGCAGAAUAUCUAAA